CUAUGAGAAGCGCUGGACAACAUGGCGACACAGUAGAGCUCGUAGCCAAACUUCUUCCAAUACUUCAGGCAAACAAUGUUGAUCUUUACAUUAAUGGACACGACCAUUGCUUGCAACACAUCAGUAGUCCUGACAGUCCACUUCAAUUUUUAACAAGUGGUGGUGGCUCGAAGGCAUGGAGGGGUGAUGUCAGUUGGUGGGAUCCAAAGGAAAUGAAGUUGUACUAUGAUGGACAAGGUUUUAUGACACUCCAAAUUACUCUAAAUGAAAUUGAUGUUGUAUUUUAUGAUAUUAUUGGCAAUGUUUUACACAAAUGGAGUGUAACCAAGCAGGUUUACGCUGCUGAAUAGAGAUGUUCACAGGAAAAGACAUGCACUUGCAGAUCUUAUUUAAUUAUUAAGUUUGUUGUAAAACUUAAACUAGUCAUGGAGGAUAUGUAAGUGAAACUUAUUAUUGUAUAAUGGCUUGCUUAAUAGAUCGGAUUGUUGUAUUGAAAGUAA